AUGUAUCUUCUCUUCGGGUCAUUGGCCCUCGUGUACUUCGCCUACAAGGUGCUCACGUCGGUGCUCCCCAAUUAUCUCAUUGUUCCUCCCACAAAUUGGCAAGACAAGAUCAAAACGGUCAUUGAAUACUCCAAGCCCAUCUACCUCCAAGUAGGACACAAGAGAUCCAGCUACAGAAGACGUCUCGUGCUAGCCAGCUCGCAGCCUUCGUUCUACACCAACUACGUCAACAACAAGCUCAAGGUCUGCCCCAGCGACUACAAUGAGGACUUCCUCACCGAAAUGCGUCGCCGAGACGUUAAUGAUCCCAACCGUCGGAUUCUCUACGGGUUCUUCCAUCCCUACGCCAACAACGGAGGUGGUGGCGAGCGGGUGUUGUGGCAGGCAGUCAAGGCCACAUUGGUCGCUGAUCAGAAGAACAUUGCUGUCAUCUACACCACCAAUACAGACGCCGAGCCAUUGGAUAUCUUGAAGAAGGCAGAAGAAAAGUUCCAAAUCACCGACCUUGACUCCCGGAGGGUGCUCUUCGUCUACUUGAGGCGUUUUGGACAUCUUAUCGACGGCCAGUACUGGAAACGUCUCACCAUGGUAGGCCAGUUAUGGGGCGCUGCUCUCUUGGCCUUGGAGGCCAUGUUCGAGUUAUCUCCCGACGUGUGGAUCGAUACCAUUGGCUUGCCUGGUUCGUACAUCCCUGCACUGUGGAUCCUCAAGGUGCCGAUCUUGGCGUAUGUCCACUAUCCCAUCAUCCAAAAUGAUAUGUUCAACAAAUUGAAAUUCAAGCAUCUCAAAGACAUCAUUGGAGCCAGAUCCGUAGGUGACGUCAAGGACGCAGCCAAGCUCAUAUAUUGGUCAGCGUUGUACUAUUUCUACACCUACUUAGGGUCCUUGGUAGACAUCGUGUUAACCAACGGAACCUGGACUUACAACCAUCUCGAGAGCAUCUUUGUGCUCAAUAGAGGAAUAGGAAAUAAGAUGGAAAUCCUCUACCCUCCUUGUGGUACGGAAAACCUUCCUCUUUCUGCCCCGAAUGCCCCCAAAGAAAACAAGUUGUUGUACAUUGCUCAAUUUAGACCCGAGAAACGCCAUUUGUUGAUCCUCAAUGAAUACCACCAAUUCUUGUCCAAGUUUAAACAAUCCAAGAGCCCAAUCAAAGAGCUCCCUACCAUAGUUUUCUUAGGCAGUUGCCGUACUUCAGACGAUACUGCUACUCUUGUUAGUGUCAAGAACAGAGUGGCCGAGUUAGAAUUGACCGAGUACGUUGAGUUCGUAGUGGAUUGCUCGUACGAUGAAGUGGUGGAAUGGUUAGCCAAGGCCAAGUUUGGACUAAACGGUAUGUGGAACGAGCAUUUUGGAAUUGGUGUUGUUGAGUACUUGGGAAGAGUGAUCCCGCUUUGUCACGCUUCGGCUGGUCCAUACUUGGAUAUCGUCACUCCCUGGGCCAAAGAUAAGCAAGAACAGGACUGGUAUAAUGAUACCGGAUUUUUCUUCAAGAGUGAAUUGGACCCUGAUUUCGACCCAUCGAUCCAGGUUGCAGAGGAUGAGAAUCUCGUUUUCGAAUAUCAAGACAAGAAACUUGAAUUCCCAAGUUUUUCCAACUUGCUCACCAGGUUAUUCAUUACAAAUAGAGAGUUGAUAUCGGAGGACAUAUUGGCGGAAAUGAGAUCUAAUGGGGCCCUGUUGGUGUUGGAGAAAUUCUCCAACAAGACCUUCGAUGUCCAGUGGAUGAAGUACAUUGGGGCAUUAGAGACCUUGGAGAAGACUUAUAGAGAGGACAAGAGACCACGCGUAGAGCAGGUACAUUAG